AUGUCUAUCGACUUUCCCAAGGAAGAGGUCGAGAUCAUCAAGAAAUGGCGCGAGAUCAAGGCAUUUGAGCGCCAGCUCGAAUUGACCCAGGGAAAACCUCUCUACACAUUCUACGAUGGCCCCCCCUUUGCCACUGGUCUGCCUCACUACGGUCACCUGUUGGCCUCCACCAUCAAAGACAUCAUCCCGAGAUACUGGUCAAUGAAGGGCUUCCAUGUCGAGAGACGCUUCGGCUGGGAUACCCACGGCCUGCCCAUUGAGCACGAAAUUGAUAAGAAGCUGGGAAUCUCCGGAAAGGCCGCUGUCAUGAAGCUUGGUCUGAAAAAUUACAAUGCUGAAUGCAGAUCCAUCGUCAUGCGUUACAGUCAGGAAUGGCGGCACACCAUCGAGAGACUCGGACGCUGGAUUGAUUUCGACAACGACUAUAAGACCAUGGACCCCACCUUCAUGGAGUCGGAGUGGUGGGUGUUCAAGCAAUUGUUCGAUAAGGGAGCUGUCUACCAAGGUCAUCGUGUCAUGCCCUACUCUACCGCUCUCACCACAGCUCUGAGCAACUUCGAGGCCAACCAGAACUAUCAGGAUGUCACUGAUCCUGCCGUUGUUGUCUCCUUUCCUCUCCGCGAUGACCCUGAGACUCAUCUCCUGGCAUGGACAACCACACCUUGGACACUGCCGUCGCAUCUCGGUCUUGCUGCCCACCCUGAAUUUGAGUACAUCAAAAUCCAGGACGAGAAAUCCGGCAAGAAAUACAUCAUUCUCGAGAAGCUCUUAAACACUUUGUAUAAGGAUCCCAAGAAAGCCAAGUACAAGGUUCUCGAGAAGAUCAGAGGCAAGGAAAUGCUUGGCUGGCAGUAUGAGCCCCCUUUCAACUACUUCUACGAAGAGUACAAGGACGUCGCCUUCAGGGUCUUGAACGCCGAAUACGUUACUGACGACAGCGGUACUGGUAUCGUUCACCAGGCCCCGGCUUUUGGCGAGGACGAUUACAACGUUGCCCUCGCUGCUGGCAUCAUCACUGAAAACAGACCGCCGCCAGACCCUAUUGACGACAAGGGUCACUUCGGCCCGCGCAUUUCUGAUUUUGCAGGAAUGCAUGUCAAGGAGGCCGAUAAACACAUCAUCAAGUAUUUAAAGGGUACUGGAAGACUAGUCGUCGAUUCUUCUCUCAAGCACUCGUAUCCCAUGUGCUACCGUUCCGACACCCCUCUCAUCUACCGAGCUGUACCUUCAUGGUUUGUUCGCAUCCCAGAAAUUAUUCCACAGAUGCUUGAAAACAUCAAAGGAUCCCACUGGGUCCCCUCUUUUGUGAAGGAACGCCGGUUCGCCAGCUGGAUUGAAAACGCCCGCGACUGGAACGUGUCGAGAAACCGGUACUGGGGCACUCCCAUUCCCUUGUGGGUAAGCGACGACAUGGAGGAGCGCGUCUGUAUUGGCAGCGUGCAAGAAUUGAAGGAGCUGAGUGGCUACGAUGGGGACCUGUCGGAUCUCCAUCGUGACAACAUUGACCACAUCACCAUCCCCAGUAAAAUGGGCAAGGGACAGCUGAGGCGCGUAGAGGAAGUCUUCGAUUGUUGGUUCGAAUCAGGCAGCAUGCCUUACGCCAGCCAACACUAUCCCUUCGAGAAUGUCGACAAGUUCAACGCAUCCUUCCCUGGUGAUUUCAUUGCGGAAGGCCUGGAUCAGACAAGAGGCUGGUUCUAUACUCUCCUGGUUCUCGGCACACAUCUUUUUGGAAAGAUCCCCUUCCAAAACUGCGUUGUCAACGGCAUCGUUCUCGCUGAGGAUGGCAAGAAGAUGUCGAAGCGUCUCAAGAACUACCCAGCACCAGACCUGGUCAUGGACAAGUACGGAUCGGAUGCUCUUCGCCUUUAUCUGAUCAACUCGCCAGUCGUCCGUGCCGAACCCUUGCGCUUCAAGGAGUCCGGGGUCAAGGAGAUUGUGCAGAAAGUGUUGUUGCCGCUCUGGAACAGCUACAAAUUUUUCGAGGGGCAAGUGUCCUUGCUCAAGAAGGUCGAGGGCGUUGACUAUGUCUGGAGUCCAGAGACGCAGUCAAGCAAUGACAAUGUGAUGGACCGAUGGAUCUUGGCCAGUUGUCAGAGUCUGCUCCAAUUUGUUAACGACGAGAUGAAGGCGUACCGUUUGUAUACCGUUGUCCCUCGACUUCUUGGCCUCAUUGACAACACGACCAACUGGUACAUCAAGCUCAACAGAAGACGUCUCAAGGGUGAGAAUGGAGUGGAAGACACCAAGCAUGCCCUCAACACCCUAUUUGAAGUACUUUUCACGCUUUGCCGAGGUCUUGCCCCUUUCACACCCUUUAUCACCGAUACCAUCUACCAAAAGCUCAGGCCGUACAUUCCCGGAGAGGCGGACGCAGAGGACCCGCGUAGCAUUCACUUUCUGCCCUUCCCGGAUGUGCGUCAGGAACUUUUCGACGAGGAGGUCGAGCGCAGAGUGGGCAGAAUGCAGAGAGUCAUUGAUUUGGUCCGCGUCUCUCGUGAGAGGAGGGCCAUUGGUCUGAAAACGCCCCUGAAGACACUUGUUGUUAUUCACCGCGAUCCUCAAUACCUGAAGGACUUGGAGUCUCUCUCAUCCUACAUUAGGGAAGAGAUGAACGUGAGAGAUCUGGUUCUUUCUUCAGACGAGGCCAAAUACAACGUUCAAUACAGCGUGACGGCGGACUGGCCUGUUCUAGGCAAGAAGCUCAAGAAGGAUAUGGCGCGGGUGAAGAAGGCGCUGCCGACUCUCAGCAGCGAUGCUGUCAAAGAGUACUCGGAGAAGAAGGAGAUCCUGGUCGACGGAAUUCGUCUGGAGGACGGCGAUCUUGUAGUGAGGCGUGGUCUGAGGGAGGGUGAGGCUUCCAAGAACCUGGAGACGAACUCAGACAACGAUGUACUCACGAUCCUGGACGCCGAGCUCUACGUGGAUCUCGCGCACGAGGGAAUCGCUCGAGAGAUCAUCAAUCGCGUUCAGCGCCUCCGGAAGAAGGCCCAACUGCAGCCAACCGAUGAUAUCAAGAUGGAGUACAAGAUUAUCAGCGACCCCGAUAAGAUUGGACUCGAGGUGGUAUUCCAGACGCAAGGUAAGGCUAUUGAGAAGGCGCUGCGCAGACCCAUGGACAAGCAUGAAGUCACGCAGGUGGAGGGUGAGACCUCUGGCGUUGGGCGGAAAGGAGUUAUUGCGGAGGAGGAGCAGGAGGUGCAGCAUGCGACCUUCCUGCUCCGCUUGCUUGAGUUGUGA